GGUAUCCCUCCGCACAGUCACCGUUACCUCCGUUAAUGUUGGAUCAUAAACCGUGCAGAAUUGAGUAACGUAACGUGUCUGAUAACAGGUGAGAUAUUUUAAACAAUGUGGGGGAAUGUAAUCCUUUAAGUCUGUAGAACUACAUUCCUCGGCGGACGGAUACUGCGGGGUGCUGCUCGUCAUUUCCUUAUGUGGAGCGGAGUGUGUUAGUGGGCCGGGCCUCCCUCAUUACUGUACAGAAACUUUAAACUUUAUUCUCUUUUUUAUUAAUAAUCUGAUUUUAUGUAUUGGGAAAAGAUCUCCCGGUUCUCCCGCUGAGCUCCUCCCGCCGCUCCACCUCAUCUCCCGGUGUUUUGACGGACUUUCUCACGGACUGAUGGCUCUACUUGUUGCUAAAGUAACCGCUAACUAAUGCUAACUGAAGCCGUCGUUAGCCAGUAAAGCGCAGCUAGCCGUGCAGCUAGCGGGGCAGCUAGCUGCCUGUACCCGGAGAGGAGGCACCUAUCAGCGGAGGAGUGUGAGAGCUGUGACCCGCCGGGUGGAGGAGGGACCAGCGGGGGAUGCUAUUGGGGAGCGGCGCUGGAAUGAGUAGCAGAACCGGCUCCGGGCUGACGUCCGGACCUCACACAGCCUCCGGGACCGAGGAGGACCGGUUCGAGGAACGGGAAUUCAGCACCGAGGUGGUCUACAGCGGCUCCGAACCAGACUCUGAAUCCGGAGACGAUGAGGACACGGUGGGCUCCGGUGGGGACAGGAGGGGGGUGAAGCGGGAGAGGAGGGAGAGGGAGGUCGGGCGGCAGUCAGCCGGCUCCUCCGGGGGCCACAGCGGGGCUUACUGCGGGCUCAGCCCCGGGGUACCAGGGGCCAAACCCGGGAAGAAAACCAGAGGGAGAGUGAAAAUCAAGAUGGAGUUCAUUGACAACAAACUGAGGAGAUACACCACGUUCAGCAAGAGGAAGACAGGUAUCAUGAAGAAGGCAUACGAGCUGUCCACGCUGACGGGCACUCAGGUGUUGCUGCUGGUUGCCAGUGAGACGGGUCACGUGUACACGUUUGCUACGAGGAAGCUGCAGCCGAUGAUCACGUCAGAGACCGGCAAAGCUCUGAUCCAGACCUGCCUAAACUCCCCCGACUCCCCGCCACGCUCAGACCCCUCCUCCGACCAGAGGAUGAGCGCCACGGGCUUCGAGGAGACCGACCUCACCUACCAGGUUUCUGAGGCUGACGGCUGCCCUGAGGUUGCCAAGGAUCUGAACAAACCAGCGUUCACUUUGUCCACGGGCAACACGCAGGCCCUGCCCCCCUCCUCCUCCUCCUCCUCCUCCUCGGUGUCCCUGCAGUUGCAGACCAGCGCCCCCUCUUGGCAGCCGCCCUCCUCCACCAACGGCACCGUGCUGAAGACUUCGGCUGGCAUCAUGCUUCCUGGAAGCCUCACCUUGAUGUCAGGUGCCACUCUGCCCCCCGGCACACACACCAUCCCCCUCAGCCAGCUGCAGGGCUCAAUGGCCCCACUGCACUCCUCACCCACACAGCAGACCACGCUGCUCCGCCUCCCCACCACCGUGUCACUGUCAGGUGGAGUCUCU